GUUUACACCUACCCGGUUGACUAUGUUUACUUCCUUAUGUCAGAAAUACCUUCAAUAAAAUCACCUGUAUUUCAGAUCAGACGUUGUUGUCACCUACAAAGCUGGUGAUAUGACAAUCUUUGAUAUCAGUUGACACCUUCACGCGACUACCAUGUCUGCUCAGAACUCUCCUUCGCCAAAGCGUCUCUCGAAAAAGAAGAGCUUCGUCAAGAAAAUCAUUCCAAAAUUUCUUCGUCGUUCUCACAAACAUUCCGGUGGUAACCAGGCACAACAAAGAUCCUUCGUGGUCGAGGACGAUGACAGUAACGGGGAAAAUUGGGACGAGGAUGACGAUGUUUUUGAUUCAGGAACACCUACACAUCAUCGGGAAACUAAAGUUUUGAGAGUUCACGUUUCACCAACAUACCUGAACAGGGCGGGGCAACAAAUAGGCCACGUAGCCACCAGCAAAAUUGACGACACGUCCACGAACUCUGCGGAAAUAACUGCAAGUCAUCAGCAUGCUGUCGGGGACCAAAGAAAGAGACUUGAACCUCAAGCCAAGCCAAAAUGCCUCAUUCCAACUGCACCAGUUCUUGAGGAGGUUCCAGUCGAAUUGACCCCUGCGCAAGGUCAUGGCGAAACUCAGUUGAUCUCUGGACAGGGUCAAGGUGAAACUCACUUGACAUCUGGACACGGUCAUGAAGAAUUUCAAGGCCAAUCCAUUGUUGGCACAAUACAAGUAAAACUAGCCCCAGAAGACUUCGAUACUGGUGGUGAUUAUGCAAAUCUCAUACAGAGGUUAGCGCCAGAUAGAACUGCUGAAGAAACAGACUCAAAUUCAAAUAGAAUCUAUGACUUUCCGAUGUUCAGUGACGUAUCGUUGAUACGUAAUCCUGAUUCAGUGGACAGUUCAGGAUCACUUGAUGAUCGUGUGACACCAGAAAGAACCCAGAAAAAACACGAUAUCAAACCAGUAUCGAUGGGAUGGGGUAUGGUAGUGUGGAACGAAGUCGCGCAUGACUUCGCUUCCGACCGUUCACAAAUUGAGGACAUGUUGUUAAGUUCAACAAUGAAGGAUGCCCUGAAGUAUCGAUAUUCUGUCGAAGAGAAUGGAUGGGGGAUGGUGUACAGCCCAGAUGAUCUCUUGCUGAAUUGGAGUAUCAACCCUAUCAGUGAUAUAUUUAGUGCAUUCUGGGAUCUAUCCUCCAUCAUUCUAGUCUCCUUUGUCUUCUUGAUAAUGGGGACAGCUGUUUCCAUAGUAACAGUUUGGCAAACAGUAUUGAUGGUGAUCAAUGGUAUUUUAUCAGUAUCAAAAUGGGCGUCCUCCGUCGGGCAAGGAAAAAAACGAACAAGGCCUUAUGUGGCCCCAAUCAGACUGCCAUCGUCUGCAUCUUUACAAAUUGAGAAUCCCUUCAAAAAAAUGUAUGAAGUCCUCUUGAAACCGCUUGGAGCUAUCUUCUUUAUCUUCUUGGUACCGUUCGUCCUCGUCGAUGGAUUACUACAGAAAGCCAAAAGAAAUAGGGGAGGAAACCCUGUCACAGUCAGUCGGUCUGGUCCCAUGAACUUUUUCAGACAUAUGACUAUGAUAAGACUACCCCACCUUCCAAACUUGAAUUGGACUGCAAGAAGUGGGAGGAUGUCGGCACCUGUUCGAAUGCGAAUGGGGUCAGUUUGGGGCAGUCAUUCAGGUGGUUCAAGAUCUUGUAACUGCAAGUGCAGGGGCGGAAGGGGCAAAUGUACGAUUUCUUGAUAACGUUAGGAAGGAACCUUAUUCAUUGUUGUAUAUUUUGCAUGCCAGUGCAACACACUAGAUCAGACACCACGGAUCAUGUGCUCCAGAACAGCCGACUCUGGGACACCAAGAGACUUACCACAUGGCCAUAUGGUGCAUCAAUGGAGACAAAGGUCUGGGGAUCAGGGGGGAACAAGGGACUGUAGUCCCUUGUUGGAAUAUUGUUGGGUGUCCCAUGUAACAUCACCAAUGGUGGUGAAGUCCUUGUGAUAAUGUAUGUCCUUUACACAUAUCAUUUUAAAACUAGAAUAUUUGUUUAUACAUAGUAUGUAUUCCUCUCUGAAGUAUAUGUAAAUAGUAUAUCUUUAUUCGAUGAUCUCUUAGUUAGACGCUUGGUCAGGAGAGGGUUUCCUUACUUAACUUGCUUAGACCUGCAAUAGUACCAUUUUAACGUGAUACAUGGAUGUAUUGUUACCCAUACACACACAAGUGUGCAUUGUAGACUGCGGACUAACCGAUAUCAGGCGGAGUUUGGUGAGCUAAUUUGAAGGUGGCAAAUUUUAAUGGAAUUAACUGAAUUAUACAGUUCCAUUGCAACAGGUCAUAUAUUUUUUGCUCCGUGUUAGUCAAGCUUGUCCAUUAUAGUUUAUACAAUAUGCAUGCGGUCUACCGGAGCUCAGACCGUUGCCCGAGUCUUUCUGUGGCAUGCUUCAGCUCAGCUGGGUGACUCUCGGGUCUAUCGCUCAAUGAAAGAGUUGAAAUACUGUGAUAUUCUAAUUCCUUCCAUGAUGUUGUUCCACUCUACCGGUGAUUUUGCGAGAGGCUCAUGUGUUUCAUAAAUAUAUCUAUGGUUAAUACUGUAAACUCAGUCAGGAACUGUCACGCCUUUAAAUUUGAACGGCCAUUUCAAGUACAGAAGAAAACAACUGCCAGUGUAACAAUUUAACUCUUUGUAUUGAGGUUUAUUCCUUAAACCAUACAUAAAACCAAAAGCUGUUUUCUCUGAGAAAUAAAAUAAAAAUCAAUGACCUGAAACUGUAUUGCCACUUAUU